AUGUUCGAGCGAGCGGUGGACGCCAUGCAGACGCCAGGUCCGCUGGCGCAGCGGCACGCAGAGCGGGCCAGCAAGCUGGAGUUUCAGCAGAUCCUGAACGUCAGCCAGGCGUCGGAACCAGCCGUGACCAUCGAGUACCACAGUUUUUGGCACGAUCCCUCGUCUGGGGCCCCGAGGGAGUGGCGUUGCCGCGCCUGCAGCGCGGUGGCCAGGACGGACCAUGAUCUUGGCAGCCUGCGGGCCAAGGAGAUGUUCAAGAGGUGCGAGCCGACGCAGGUGCUGAGCUGGGCGGCCGAUGCUUUCUUCUAUGCUUCGCAGAAGGAGGGGCUCAUCGAGGCCAAGCCCAGCGUCCUAGGGGCCUAUUCUUCAGUUUCGUGA